AUGUCGUAUGCAACUUCAUCUCAGACAAACGUCACUGUUGGAGUGCAGGGCCGGGCAAUACUGGAAAUCGUGUUAUUUUCUGCUCCAAUUACCAUGCCAUGCUGUGUGUUUCUCUUCAUUAACGGGGUCAUGUUAUUCACCUUGAGGAGUAAAACAAUAUUUCGUGAGACCUCUCGUUACAUUCUUCUGUUUAACCUCCUUUUUGCAGACACUGUACAGAUGGCACUGAGCCAGAUACUGUACCUACUGGCUGCUUGUAGAAUAAGACUAACAUAUCCUGUAUGUGGUGUUCUUGCCAUGCUUUCUAAUCUUACAAACGAAAUCUCCCCUCUCACACUGGUGGUGAUGUCUCUGGAGAGAUAUGUAGCUGUGUGCUACCCACUGAGGCACUCUGCCAUCAUCACCAUCAGAAACACAGCAGUGGCUAUUAUUGUGGUUUGGACCUUCAGUUCAAUAAAUAUCCUCACUCGAGUUCUGUUACUAUUAGAUUUUCCUUUUGAAGACCUGGAGAGUCUGCAGAUGAAAGAUUUUUGUGCCGAAAAAAACAUGUUUGGUGGUCCAGUGUCUGAUGAUUAUGGCAAAGCAUACACUUAUUUUCUUUUUAUAUCAGCUAGUGUGGCAGUCACUUCUUCCUAUAUCUGUGUGAUGAUAGCGGCCAGGUCAGCCUCCACAGACAAAGCUUCAGCUCGCAAGGCCCGCAACACACUGCUGCUGCAUCUGGUGCAGCUGGGCCUCAGUCUCUCUUCAACUAUACACAACCCCUUGGUUACUGCCAUCUCAAAAAUCACUGACAGAGUAAUCAUUUUACGUAUCUGGAGUAUUUUUUAUGUGUCUUUAAUCCUUUUUCCCAGAUGUCUAAGCGCUCUCAUCUAUGGCAUCAGAGACCAGGCCAUCAGAUCCAUCCUCAUGUACCAUCUAUGUUGCCGACUGAAACUUGGAUCAUCCCAGCCAAGGCUGAGGUCUCAUCCUAGGCUACAUUGA